AUGACAAACAAAGACGAAGACACGUUUUGUAAAAAAAUGCGAAAAGCCACGAGAGAAAUUCAUUCGAUCAGUGACGCAUUAGUGAAUGCAAAAUUAGCAUUUGGAUUUCUUGAUGACUCUGUGUGGGCUGAUGGCCUUCUGAUUUUCUAUGAAAUUUUUCGAUAUUUGGAACUUGCUACGAUCAGAUGGAAACAUACAGAAGUAGGGUCGCUUUUACAAGACGAACUUCGUCGUACCAAAGCGUUUGAGCAUGAUCUUGAAUUUUAUCUGGGAAAAGAAUGGACAAAAAAUUAUAAUCCUAGGGAGAGUGUAACGAAAUAUUUAAAUCAUUUAAAAGAAAUUGAAAAUACGGAGCCCAUUUUACUGCUUGCGUACAUUUAUCAUUUGUACAUGGGUCUCCUAAGUGGUGGAAUUAUUUUACGCAAAAAGAGACAAGUUAUGCAAAAGAUUUGGCCAUUUAAAGAAUUUCAAACAACUGUUAAUAACAUUACAGAUUUUGGAAACAGUAAUAUUCACGAACUUAAACGAAAUAUGCGCGAUACUAUGAAUAGUAUCGCGGAAACAUUGGACGAAGAUACAAAAAAUAAACUUAUUGAAGAAAGCAAAAUAGUGUUUACCUUGAACAAUGAAAUUAUAAGAAGUAUAGACGGUGCAGGCACUAUUCUUAUUAAAAAAACAAUGUAUUUUGUUAUUCCCGUUAUGAUAUUUCUCUUAGCUCUUUUUAUAGCUAUAAGGAAAGUAUGAUGUGUAUAUAUCCAUUUUGAAUAGGAAUUUCUAUUUUAUUUGUAUGAAAAUUAUUUUUAGACUCGAACUAAACAUAUCUAUCGUUAA